AUGAAAUUCAUGCAGACCUUCAUGAGCCUUCUUUUGUCGACCCUAAAGACGCUCGGGCUUGCCGACAAGACGUACAUCAAAAAAGGUACAGCAGCAUUUUUCGGGGUAGUGGAGGAAGGAAACGUGGAAGAAGAAGAUGCGUUGAAAUCUCGCUGGCUCGAGCGACGCAAGCGAUUUUCCGCGAAGAAAUUCGGGGAACUUAAAGACGCAUUUGCCGCUCCGUGUCAGCGGGAAGGUGAAGAUGACAUCGACUUCUGGCGUCGCACGCGUCAGAGGCGAGAUGCAGCGGACGUCAGCAACGUGUCGGCGACGCAGCGGGACGGCAGCGACGUCCUCGGCAUCCCGACACCGCAGCAUCCGAUCCCGAAACCGCGCAAGGAGUCCGUCGCAAGGCUCACCAUCCGUGGAGUCUCCUUCCUCGCUUCCGUGAGUCUUAUCUCUGCUUAUCAACUGUUUCCCAGCACCUCACUUUUGGUCCAUGCUGAAUCGCUUUUAGCAUUACACGCCACAGUUCUUGAGUACAGUGAUGCCUCGCCUAAGCAGACACGCGAGGAAAAGAAGGAGAAUGACUGUCCUGACGAACGUUGUCCCGCAUAUAGUGAACGUUAA